CUCUCCCCCAAAUUCACCAUCUCCGCUCCCCACCACCACCACUACCUCUCCCCCGCCGUCCACCGCUACCUCCGCCAGAUCCUCACCGACCACCACCAUCCCCUCGUCUUUCCACCACUCAACCUCACUUCGUCUUCGCCGCUCAAAAACCUCACAAUCACAGUCGCCGACACCAUCGCCGCGCCCGCACACGAUGCCAACGAGCCGUACACGCUCGACAUCCCCUCCACCGGCGCCGCCGCCGUUCUGACCGCAGAAACCCCAUGGGGAGCGAUGCGGGGACUGGAGACGUUCUCGCAGCUGGUGUGCUUGAAGUCGUCGGUGGUGGCCUGCGGGAUGCACAUUUCCAAAGCGCCGUUGUUCGCCCACCGUGGAGUAUUGCUGGACACCUCGAGAAAUUACUUCGAAUUGGACGAUUUGUUGCGUCUGAUUAAGGCAAUCAGCAUGCACACGCCUUGUGGUGGUGGUCUCCUCCGCCGCCGCCGCCGCCGCCAAGGAGUGUUUCACCAAGAACAGCCAAGGGGAAAAGAAAAUUCCCACCUAGUCCGGCGGUGUGGUGAUGAUGCGGAGGCUGAUUUAGGAUUUUUUGGUGGAUCGGGCAGAGGACGGCGCGUGUAGAUAAAUUCGCGCAGGCUAAAACCUUAAUCGAGUAUGUACAUGUUCAAUAGUCGAUUAAGCUAAUCGACUAUGUUCUGGUAGUCGAUUAAGGUUGAUCGACCUCCAA